CUCACGUCUCACCUAAAUCUCUUUAAACCUCCGCAUAGUAUUCUCCGAAAACAUAAAGUCACCCAAUUAUCACUAUAAUAUCGGAUAUUUUUCAUUUUUAAAUUUUGAUAUUUGUUCUAGAGAGUUCGUUAUGGCGCAGAACAGCGGAGGAAGUGGCGGCGGCGGUGGGGUACCCGACUUUCAUAUAUCGGACGAGAUUCUGGCGGUGAUACCGAUGGAUCCGUACGACCAGCUGGAUCUGGCCCGUAAGAUCACGUCGAUGGCAAUAGCGUCGCGCGUGUCGAAGCUGGAGGCGGAGACGGGGAGGAUGAGACAGAAGUUAUACGAGAAGGAUCGUUUGAUAUACGAACUUGAAGAGAGGCUCUCGCACGUGCAAAAAGCGUCGCAGGAGGCUGAGUCCAAAAUGAAGAUUCUUCUCGAUGAUAAUACGAAGCUUUCAAAGGAACGAGAUUCAUUGGCAAUGACUGUGAAGAAUCUCAGCCGUGACUUGGCAAAGUUGGAAACAUUUAAGAGACAACUACUGCAGUCACUGAAUGAGGAUACUUCUUCGCAAGCUGACACUGUUGAUAUUGGGACCUGUGAUCAGUCAGUUCCAAGGGCCUGUCCUGACAAGGAUGAGGGGACCAAUGGCUAUAUGGGGCAACACUCCUUCAGUGGCUCAACUGAUACGGGAAGUGCAGUUGAUGAAGCGGCUUCUUGGAAUACUGCUCAAAGAUUUUCUCUGACUCCAUAUAUAACUCCACGACUCACUCCAUCUGUAACUCCAAAAGUUAAAUCCAUGAGUGUGUCACCUAGGGGUUAUUCUGCUGCUGGAUCUCCCAAGAAAACAUCUGGUGCAACAUCUCCGACAAAACCUGUAUAUGAUGGAAGAACUUCAAUGUCUUCAUGGUAUCCAUCAAGCCAGCAGGCAUCGGCAGCAAAUUCUCCUCCUCGUCCACGUUCACUUCCAGGGCGCACACCUCGAAUUGAUGGAAAGGAGUUCUUUCGUCAGGCUAGGAGUCGUUUAUCAUAUGAACAGUUCAGUGCAUUUUUGGCUAACAUCAAGGAAUUAAAUGCUCAAAAGCAAACUCGAGAGGAAACCUUAAGGAAAGCAGAUGAGAUUUUUGGGACAGAUAAUAAAGAUCUUUUUCUAUAUUUCCAAGGAUUGCUUAACCGAAAUGCUCGCUAAAGUGCACAAGUUUUUCUACUUGGAAGGUUUAAUCUAAUAGGUAAAUUUGAUCUGUACUGUUCAACGAGUUGCGAAUUAAACAGUUCCCAACUGCGAGGUCAAUUGUUUGUGAUUUGUUCUCUGUGCCUUAACACAUGUUCAAACGUAUACAACAUAGAUUCAAGUGGCUUCUGUAUCAGCAUAUUAGGUUUUCAGAUUUGUUCACCCCCUCCUUGCUCUCCUCUCCAUUCUUGCAGGUCACCUGUGAAUAACUGCUUUAUUCUUCUUAAAGGCACUUGUUGAGAUUGACCUUGCAAGAUUUGUUUUUUCUUGAACUAGUAUGUUAAGGAGGGCAAUUUUACUAAAUUCAGCUCAUAGUGCUCUUCAUAGAGGUGUUGUGAUCUAUAUUGAGUAAAAUUGUGUAUAAAUAAUAGAUACAAAUUUAUAUACAAA